AUGAAAUUAUCAACUCUAUUCAUAACAUUGCUAUUGAUUGGAGUAAGUUUUUCUCAACCAGAUGUAUCGAACUCAUACCUUGGUGUUGGUGAUACUGGUGUAUCCUAUUUCCCAUCAUACCUCAAUUUACAGAUGCAUAUUCGAUGCUAUUCCAAUGUGACUGCUGCCAAUCAAAAUGGACCUAUUGCUCUGUUUGAUUCAGGUCUUCCAUUCUUCUCAACAGCAUGGGUACCAAUCAUCCCAUCGGUACUUGCCAAUAUGCCAUCUUGGAAUAUUAGUAAAGCUUGUUUUGUGGAUCGUUACGGAUACGGUUGGUCAAACUCGUCGACCUAUCCAAUCACCACUCAAGAGUAUGUUGUUCGUCUUCGUGGUUCACUUCAAGUGGCUGGAUUAACUGGAAAGUAUAUCUUGGUUGGAUGGUCUUGGGGAAGUAUUUUUAUUCAAACCUAUUCAUUGACCUAUCCCAAAGAAGUAGUUGGAAUACUCAGCAUCGAUGGAACUGAUAGUAAAUGGGGAUUAAUCCCAUCCAACCAACAAAAUGUCAUCACACUAUCCGAUGCAGUCAAAGGAUAUAUCAAUAUGAAUAAUAUGGGUACACUUGAACCAUUGGCCAGAUCAGGAAUGGUUGGAUCCUAUUUUGGAUGGUUACCAGAUGAUUGGUCAAUUCUGGAUACACUCAAUGUUCAUUGA